AUGGCUGACGGUUUGAACGACAUCCCUUUUCAUACAAAGGCUGAGUUAUUUACUGACCAACAAGAGUCAUUCGUACUGAGGCAGCUGCAUUUAAGCCGAGCGAAGUUGCGUGCCUCGAGCCGUGUGUCCGCCUUACUGGCUGGUUUUGCUAUGGUUGCCAUUGUCGAACUCGAGAUUUGUGGGCCUCGUGCUAAGGCCCCCGAAGGGCUUAUUAUUGCAUUCACCGCGUUGGCCUGCUUAUUAGUUGCUGUGCACAUGAUUGCUGUAAUGAUAAGCACUUGCAUUUUGCCCCAUUUGGACGCCUACGUUAAUCUUCCUGAGAACGCUGCUGCGAUGGAGGCGCCCCACAAUCCGGAAUCAGCGCUUCUGUUUUCAACUUCGAUCACUGAUGAAUAUCUGCUCGAAAAACAGCUCUCCUGA